CAUCUAUCCGUGUGGAGGUAGUUAUAGGGUGGUGGCCCAGACAACACAGGCCUGGGCAGCUCACCUGGGUGGCCGCUCGUGGGAGGUGUACUUCAGUCCUCAUGUAUUUUACAGCUCCAUAGCCUCCAGUAUGCCCGACAUAAAAGCCACACCUCUUGGUGCAGGCCAGGAUGUGGGGCGAAGCUGUAUCCUGGUGACCAUUGGAGGCAAGAACAUCAUGCUGGACUGUGGCAUGCACAUGGGGUACACUGAUGACCGUCGGUUCCCAGACUUCUCUUACAUCACUGAAGGGGCCUUGACUGAUCACUUAGACUGUGUUAUAAUAAGUCACUUCCACCUGGACCAUUGUGGAGCAUUACCUUAUAUGACAGAAAUGAUUGGUUACAAUGGCCCGAUCUAUAUGACACAGCCCACCAAAGCUCUGUGUCCUGUUCUCCUGGAAGACAUGAGGAAGGUCGCUGUAGAGAGGAAGGGUGAGACAAACUUCUUCACCUCCAGUAUGAUCAAAGACUGCAUGAAGAAAGUCAUCACAGUCUCACUUCACGAGACAGUACAGAUUGACGGUGAGCUGGAGAUUAAAGCUUAUUAUGCAGGACAUGUUCUUGGAGCUGCCAUGUUCCACAUCCGAGUGGGGUCACAGAGUCUUGUAUAUACAGGUGACUACAACAUGACACCAGACCGUCACCUUGGAGCUGCAUGGAUUGACAAAUGUCGCCCUGAUCUUCUCAUAUCAGAGUCAACUUAUGCCACAACAAUCAGAGACUCAAAGCGCUGCAGAGAACGUGAUUUUCUCAAGAAAAUCCACGACUGUGUAGACAGGGGCGGGAAGGUGCUCAUUCCAGUGUUUGCCCUCGGCCGUGUACAAGAACUGUGCAUUCUACUUGACACAUACUGGGAUCGAAUGAAUCUCAAAGUGCCCAUAUAUUUUACAAUGGGUCUUGCAGAAACAGCUAACAAAUACUACCGGAUGUUCAUCACUUGGACAAACCAGAAAAUCAGACAAACAUUCGUACAUCGUAAUAUGUUUGACUUUAAGCACAUAAAACCUUUUGAUAAAUCUUACAUGGAUAACCAAGGCCCAAUGGUGGUGUUUGCUACCCCUGGUAUGCUGCAUGCUGGGCUCUCCUUAGCAGUGUUUAAGAAGUGGGCACCUAACUCAAACAAUAUGGUAAUCAUGCCAGGAUAUUGUGUUCAGGGGACAGUGGGUCACAAGAUCCUCAAUGGUGCAAAGAAGGUGGACUUUGAUAACAGACAGAGCGUUGAGGUCAACCUGACAGUGGAAUAUAUGUCAUUCAGUGCUCAUGCAGACGCCAAGGGAAUCAUGCAGUUAAUUCGACACUGUGAGCCCAAGAAUGUGAUGCUUGUUCAUGGUGAGAAUGCUAAGAUGGAUUUCCUCAGACAGAAGAUCAUGCAGGAAUUCAACAUCAAUUGCUACAAGCCUGGGAACGGAGAAACAUCUAUCAUAUCCGUCUCUAGCAAUCUAGACGUUGAGGUGUCUCUGCCACUCCUCAAGCACACCAUGUCUUGUGUUUCUCCACCUCUCUCUGCAUCAUCAUCAUCAUCGUCAUCAUCAUCAUCAUCAUCCAAGGCAAACACAAGUGAAGAAAGUCAACCAAAGAAACAGAAAGUCCUUCAUGGUGUUCUCAUCAUGAAGAAUAAUAGUGUGAGGAUAGUUGGAGUAAACGAGGCGUGGGGUGAACUGGGAGUGGCGUCUCAUCAACUGAGGUUCACUGAGAGGAUUGAGGUGGAUGAACAUGGUCCAGUUCCAACUAUUACCUCGUCCUUACACACACUUUUGUCACAGAAGCUUGGAGCAUCACAGGUACAAGCUGUGAAUGAAUUCCAGCUCUCAGUAGCUGACUCUGUCUUUAUCAAUAUUCAUGAUGACGAACCUGGCAAGACGAUCCUUCUUUCCUGGACACAUCAGGAUGAGGCCCUUGGAAGUAAACUCUUGGACAUCAUCAGAAGUACCUACAAGAAGGGGUAGUCCAGUGAUGUCCUUCAUCUGUCUCAGUUUACUGUACUAAGGAUUUGAUGGAAACCAAAUUGAAUGUUUGGAUGAACUUUAGGAACUUAAAACUAAAACAGGAAAAGUUAAUUUGUAAAUUAAAAAUAGAUAUAAGCAGUAUGGAGAUCAGGGUAAAACUACCUAGAGAAACAAGGGAGUGGGCAGGAACUACCCCUUGGCCACACCAAGCUUCUCAUCCUAAGUAUGAGGAAUUUUUUAAAAUAUUUUUUACACUGAAAAAAAUAUAUUUUGAGAAAUUUUCAAUUUCUUCAGUUAAAUUUUAUAGAAAUUUCUGUUAAGAAUUCCAGAUGUGUCCAGAGUGCACCUCUCACUACUACUUUCCCACACAUUGGUUCAGGAGGACACUCACUCCCCACACCAUGGUCCAAAGACCAUUAUACUGUUACCUCAUUAUCCCCCUCCUAUACUCCCAGGUCAUUUUAUCCUCAUUUGGCCCACAGUACAGAUCGAUGUUCAUAGUUAUAAACAUAUUUUGUAUCCAUUAAAAAGGAUCUCUUUUUAGU